AUGUCUACUAAAAUAUUAACUCUGUGUAAUAUUAUAAGCCGACCUGUUAACGUUUUGCUGAAGCAAAACAAUGUUACACCUAACCUUAAAACUAAUUUCAGCACUACUUCUGUAGCUGGUAUAAGCUUCUUCAAUAAGUUGCCAGCAGAGAAGUUAUGGAAGUCAGUGACGUCUGUAAGUAAUGCUGGUGCUAAAAAGGGUCGUGGUAGAGGAACAGGUCGCAUCCGGAUCCGUGACUUGAACCGCGGUCAGGUAAUCGGAGUUGGCAAAGUCAAUAUGCUGUGGCCUGGUCUGUCUGCACCGGUCAUCAGGGGUAGAGAACUGUUAAAGCAACAGAGGCUACCCGAUGACCAGGAAAGACUUGAGAAGCUGACUAAGAUCAGAGAUUCAAUGACAAAGUUUAGAAGACUAAGAUUGAAUCCCAUAGAAAGAGGUUGGUCAGGUUCUAAGUUGCCUGGACGCAGUCUGGGACCCCCUGAUCCAAUCGGAGAAGAUGAGUUCACUGGAUUUGAUACCAAAGUCUUGCAGCUGCGGUCUCUGCUCAUUAUGAAAGGCAGUCUUGGACGUACAAGAAACUUUCAAGCUAUGGUUGUAACAGGAAAUGGACAAGGCUUAGCUGGGUUUGGUUUAGGUAGAGCCAAAGAGGCUCCAGCUGCUCUCAGGAAGGCUAAGAACAGGGCAGGUCAGAAGCUGAUGCACUUUGAAAUCUACAAUGGACACACAAUUUACCAUGACUUCUUCACAGCUUUUGGUAAAACUAAGAUAUUUGUCCAGAAAAAGAAUGAAGGAUAUGGCUUAAUGUGCCACAGAGCUAUCAAGGAAAUCUGCCAAGCUAUUGGCAUUAAGGACUUGAGGGCCAAAGUUGAGGGGUCUAACAACCUGCAGCAUAUUGUUAAAGCAUUCUUCAUUGGCCUUUUGCAACAGAGAACACAUCAAGAGUUGGCUGAAGAGAAGAAAUUGCAUUUAGUUGAAUACAGAGAUGAGAAUGAGAGCUUCCCUAAAGUAGUGGCCAGUCCCACUGAAGUGAGGACAAAGGACCAAAUCCAGAAAAAUGAGACCCUAGACUUCAUACAGUAUGUCAUGAACGACAAAGUCAUUCUUAAGAAGAGGAAGUUCCCUCGCUUCUACGAGACUAUGCCUCAUUACAAGGUAUAUCUUAAGAAGUAUGAGAAGUACAGACACCAUGAGAAAAUCCGUCUUAACUUGAAGGCAGAAUAUGGAGAAAUAAAGAGCUUCCUCAACGACAAAUACCCAGAAAAAGUGGAACAAGAAGCUUAG